AUGGUGUCACCGGACAACGUGUCGCUAACUACUACGAUAAUGCAGUCAGACGUCGAGUUGAGCCACAAGUCUUGCAAGUCGUGGCAGCGCCACCCCUACGCAGUGGUGGAGGCGAUGACGAGACCCUCUGCUCAAGCGACUGUGUCAAGUAAACAAGAGCGAGAAAGCCCGCAAAAAGCGCAUCACGUACUCGGUGAAAGCAGACUGCAUGCUCAUAAACGAGGUGGUUGCGCCUCGAAGCCGGAGCGGUGGGUCGAAAUUACGGAGCGUCUGGGCUCAGCGCUGAGCAAGGAGCUGUCUGCUGGCGGUGUACGCAAGCACGUUGAUAAGUUGAAAAAAAAGAGUACCGAUCGAAGCGCGCAAAGGAGCGAGCCAUGUCAGACUACACCUAUGUAUACCGCAGCCCAAGAGCCACAUAAGUCUAUCGACGAAACCGAUCUGGAGCGCUUGGUGGAGGUUUACGUUCAGAAGAAGGACGAUGGAACCUUGGUACAAAGCAAGCGCACCAAAUCCAAGCCCAAAAAGGUUGCCAUGACAGGUCCUGGUGAUGCAUGA